UGCUAAGCACAAGGCAUCACAAAAAGUUUCAAAGCUUCAAAGUUCCGGGAAUACUACAGCCAACAAACCAAAAAACCAACAAGAUGCCUUGCAAGGGAUGCGGAAACAACUGCCAGUGCUCAGCCGGAAAGUGCGGAGGUAACUGCGCCGGAAACAGCCAAUGCCAAUGCGCCUCCAAGUCGGGAGCCAAGUGCUGCCAGGCCAAGUGAUUGCUGCCCGUAAAUUAAUCUAAUUUAAAUAGUUGUUAAUAGUUCUAACAAAUCACCGACUGAAGCUGAAUAAAAUCCAUUAUAAUGUUUUAAUUAA